AAAUCAGUACCAAUAAGUGCUCUAUAAAUUGCAUGCAGUGCCAUGACUUAUACACCACACUGUACUGCUUUGCAUUCAUAUAAUUGACUAUCCCGGCCAUGGCAGUACGUUUGCUUCUUUUAUCUGCAGUUUUGAUGUUCUGCCUUGCAGAGGUUUCAUCUGAUCUCAAGGUUUUCUUUUGUUCCUUGCUGCAGCCUGGUGUUAGAGGUGGAAACAGGAGGCUAAUGCAAGAAAUAGACUGUGGAGGAUUGUGCAAGGUGAGGUGCAGCCUCCAUUCAAGGCCAAACACAUGCAACAGGGCAUGUGGCACGUGCUGUGAAAGGUGCAAGUGUGUGCCGCCUGGCACAUCAGGUAACCGAGAAGUAUGUGGGAAAUGCUACACUGAGAUGACCACUCACGGAAACAAGACCAAAUGCCCUUGAGCUUAAUUCCCUUGUAAGAGAGGCUUCUCCUCUGUUUGUUAUGUGUUUUUUUUGCCUUUUCCUUUUCCGUCUCUUCUUAAGCUUGACAGGAGCGAAAUAUGUACAUAUAUAUAUAUAUAUAUAUAUAUAUAUGCACUUGUGAUUGUUGCAUGUGGUUAUAUUGAAGAUAAAAUUUGUUUUGCAAA